AUUGAAAUUCACGUCGCAAGACUCGCAAUUUCCUUGACUUCCUCCCCCCCCCCCGAGAAAAAAGAUGAGGGCCUUCUCUCUGUAUCAGAGAAACUCAUUGUCACUGUGGAGAAGAAAAAAACCGUGCUGUCUCUACUCCUCCGGUCCACUCUAUUCGGACGCCAGCACUAACAACACCGAUGAGGUCCAGAACUCGAGGGUUAAGGUUUUCGAUCGCCACCUCAAACGCAAACAGCGUGAUCGAGCCGCUUGGUUGAUGCGUCCAAAGGAUUGUUUGGUUGAUACUGUUGCUGACAAUUUAUUGGAUCGCUUGGAGGAUUGUAAAAAAGCAUUUCCAACAGCAUUAUGUUUGGGGGGUUCAUUGGAAGCCAUCAGGCGCUUGUCACGAGGUCGUGGUGCCAUUGAAAAGCUCAUUAUGAUGGAUACAUCAUAUGACAUGGUAAAAGUUUGCAAGGACGCUGAGAAGGAUAUGCAUGACACAAACAUUGAAACCUCCUUUAUGGUUGGUGAUGAGGAGUUUUUGCCUCUGAAAGAAAGCUCUCUGGAUCUGGUAAUAAGUUGCUUGGGGCUCCACUGGACAAAUGAUCUUCCAGGAGCCAUGAUACAGUGUAGAUUGGCAUUGAAGCCUGAUGGCCUGUUCUUAGCAGCUAUUUUUGGUGGAGAAACCUUAAAGGAACUGAGAAUAGCCUGCACUGUGGCACAAAUGGAGCGUGAAGGAGGCAUCAGUCCACGAGUAUCACCUUUGGCACAAGUGCGGGAUGCAGGUAAUCUUUUGACUAGAGCAGGCUUCAGCCUUCCAGGUGUUGAUGUCGAUGAACAUAUUGUUAAAUAUCCAAGUGCUCUGGCGCUGAUAGAACAUUUGCGUGGAAUGGGGGAGACUAAUGCUCUUCUACAAAGGAAUCCUAUCCUAAAGAAAGAAACAGCCCUGGCAACGGCAGCUAUUUAUGACUCAAUGUUUGCAGCAGAAGACGGAACCAUCCCUGCAACCUUCCAGGUUAUUUACAUGACAGGGUGGAGGGAACAUUCUUCUCAUCAGAAGGCCAAAAGGAGGGGGUCUGCCACCAUAUCCUUCAAGGACAUUCAGAAGGAGUUUGGAAGUGAGAGUUGAACCCUCUCUCUCUCUCUCUCUCCAUUUUCCUUUAGAUGAAAAUCUCAAAUCAACCUUAGUGUGAACAAAAAAGCUUAUAUAACCUUCUUUCUUUCUUUCUUUCUUUCAAUGCCUUUUUCUUUUCUUUUUUUCUUGUUUAAAAUUCCCCACCUGUUAGACUUGAAACAUUUUCAAUAAAAUUCAUGAGUUUUUCA